AUGCAAACGUGGCCCAGCUGCAGCUGGCACACGAAGGCGGCUCACAGCUAUGGCUCCACCAGCACCCAGGAACCCCCAACCCAACGCCCCGGGGAGUCCGGAGAGGGGAGGGAGAUGGGCCGAUGCACACGCCGCAUCUGGGGCUGCUCUUUGCAGCUGGAGACGCUGCCCCUCUUCCAGUCCGGUCCUUUCAUGUCUACACCGCCAAAGAGCCAACGCUCUCUGGGCGCAGUAAGUGAUGGGCAAGACAAUGAGAAAUGUCAGGAGCCAUCUCUGAUGUCAUCAGAAACUACCCAGCAUGAAGACGGAAAACAGUUAUUUGGGAAACAAAGGGGACCCAAAUCCCACUGGAGAAACCUAACAAUGCAUAGGAAGGAGAAAUCCUCCAUUUCUCACGGUCCUGACAUCAAUGAACUCCAGAUCUCACAAGAGGAACAUAAAGAAAAGGAAAGGAAGAAGUCUGCAUUGUGUGGGAAGAUAUUCAAAUAUAAUUCUGGAGUAAUCACACGUUGCAGAACUCACACAGGAAAGAAACCCUAUAAGUGCAUGGAGUGUGGAAAGAGCUUCAGUCAGAGCUCAAAACUUGCUGUCCAUCGAAGAACUCACACAGGGGAGAAACCAUAUAAAUGCAUGGAGUGUGGGAAGAGCUUCAAUGAGAGUGGAGCACUUACUGUCCAUCACAGAACUCACACAGGGGAGAAACCAUAUAAAUGCAUGGAGUGUGGAAAGUGCUUCAGUCGUUGCUCACAUCUUACUAGCCAUCAAAGAACUCACACAGGGGAGAAACCGUAUCAAUGCCGGGAGUGUGGGAAGUGCUUCAGUCAGAACUCAAGUCUUACUUCCCAUCAAAGAACUCACACAAGGGAAAAACCAUAUAAAUGCAUGGAGUGUGGAAAGUGCUACAGGGAGAGUAGCUCACUUACUGUCCAUCACAGAACUCACACAGGGGAGAAACCAUAUCAAUGCCGGGAGUGUGGGAAGUACUUCAUUGAAAUUGGAACACUUACUAAACAUCAAAGAACUCACACAGGGGAAAAACCAUAUAAAUGCAUGGAGUGUGGAAAGUGCUUUAGGGAUAGUAGCUCACUUACUAUCCAUCACAGAACUCAUACAGGGGAGAAACCAUAUAAAUGUAUGGAGUGUGGAAAGUGCUUCUGUGAAAGUGGAGCACUUACUAAACAUCAAAGAACUCACACAGGGGAAAAACCAUAUAAAUGCAUGGAGUGUGGAAAGUGCUUCAGUGUUAGUAGCUCACUCACUGUCCAUCACAGAACUCACACAGGGGAGAAACCAUAUCAAUGCCAGGAGUGUGGGAAGUGCUUCACUGAAACUGGAAAACUUUCUAAACAUCAAAAGAACUCACAUAAGAAAAACCAUAUAAAUGCAUGGUGUGUGGAAACAGCUUCAGUCGGAACUCAUGUCUUACUGUCCAUCAAAGAACUCACACAGUGCAUGGUGUGUGGAAACAGUUUCAGUCAGAACUCAUGUCUUACUAUCCAUCAAAGAACUCACACAGGGGAGAAACCCUAUAAAUGCAUGGAGUGUGGAAAGUGCUUCUGUGAAAGUGGAGCACUUUCUAUCCAUCAAAGAACUCACACAGGGGAGAAACCAUAUAAAUGCCUGGAGUGUGGAAAGUGCUUCAGUACUAAUAGCUCACUUACUGUCCAUCACAGAACUCACACAGGGGAGAAACCAUAUCAGUGCUGGGAGUGUGGGAAGUGCUUUAUUGAAAGUGGAACACUUACUAAACAUCAAAGAACUCACACGGGGAAAACCAUAUAA